AUGCAAAACUGGCUAGAGGAGAAAGGGGAACUGGAGGGGUGCAUAACGUCUGCAAUACAGCGGCUGGAUCAGGCGUUUCCGUUUCCGGAGCACGAGAACAGAGACUGGAUGAAGUAUCUGCCGCAUGCCAAGGCUGCGCUAGAGCUUCGAGGGCAUUCCGCGGACAAGAGAGUCCAGGCUCGUCCCGACGCGGUACGGCGGGCACUAAGGCUUUACAGGAAGGAGCGCUCUACAGACAGGGCUGAAGCAGGUCUUUUUGCCAAUGUAGCAGAGAGCCACUAUAUGUUGGGAAAAUAUCAGGCCGCAGAGCAGAUGUAUCGGAAGGCACUCGAGCUUCAAAAGGCAGCGCUAGGCAAAGAUCAUCCGGACACACUUACCAGCAUGAACAACCUCGCAAAUGUGCUUAAUAGCCUAGGGAAGUACAAGAUGGCAGAGAAGAUGCAUCGCCAGAUACUCAAGCUUCGGAAGGCAGUGCUAGGCAAAGAUUAUCCGGACACACUUAUUAGCAUAAACAACCUCGCAAAUGUGCUUGAUAGCCGGGGGAAGUACGAGGAGGCAGAGCAGAUAUAUCGCCAGACACUUGAGCUACAAAAGGCAGUGCUAGGCAAAGAUCAUCCGGACACACUUACAAGAAUGAACAACCUCGCAAUUGUGCUCCGGCGUCUGGGCACGUAUGGCGAGGCAGGACAGAUGCAUCGGCAUACACUCAAACUCCGAGAGCCAGGUGCUCGGUAA